CGUCUACUGAACUUUAUGCGAUAGAAGGUAGAUUUGCUUUAAACCAAGUUGUAAGAGACAUUUCACAACUUGAACCAACAACAAAAGUUAUAUUAGAUGGUUCUUACCUAUUAGAAGUUUUAUCAAGAAAAUUCAUUUAUCCAAAGUUAAGAAUUGAUGUGAGUUCAACAGGUAUAAAACCAACAGUAGUAAUUACAGGUAGUGAAUGGAAUAGUAAUUCUCCAAAAUUGCAGUAUCCAUUAGAAUUAUAUGCAAGAGCUCGAUCUGAAUAUUUUACGGUGAAAGAAGGAUUUAGUAUUAUUAGUGUUUUUGCAAAUCCAUAUAUAAUAAUGUUAGGAUUUAGUGUAUUGAUGUUGUUUAUAAUGCCAAAGAUGAUGGCAAAUAUGGAUCAAGACGCGUUGAAAGAAAUGCAGGAAACUCCAGCUCAAAAUCCACUUGCCGAAAUGCCAGAUUUUUCUGCUGCAAUAGCAAAUUUCAUGUCUGGAGGAAAUGUUGAUUAG